AGACGUUUAAUUUGAAGUUAAAAGGGUGAAUUUGGUUCGAAAAAAUGUUAAUGAAUAAUACGUAUGUACACAGGGUGGCAUUUGAGGUCCCAGGCCAUUUUAACGACUGUGGCAAAUUACCCGGCAUUGUUGUUCAGGAACAAACAACCUAUGAAUUUUACAUCAUUUUUCACCGUUGGUAUUUCAAAAAUUGAAAUCGGAGAUUAGAAUGGAACAACCAUUGGGCAAUGGAAAUAGUUAUUAAAUUACAUAAAUUGUACAAUUCAUAGGGGGUUUAAAAUUUCAUUUUUUUAUAGUUAAACCACAAUAUCUUCAAAUUUUUUCCAUGGACUAAUUAGAAAAAAAAGUAUAUUGAAAAUAUAUAGAUUUCAAGGCUUGAAGCUUCUUAAUUGCAGAGAGUUGCAUGGAGUGCCUUUCCGACGGAGGACGAUGAAUGGUGAUAACCAACGUGUGAUGGAACGGACCUCGUCCCUCCUCUCGAUCAGUUCGGCUCUCAGCGAGGAUGUGAAUUUCAUCGAAGAGGACGACCUGUCCGUCGUCCUUGUCAUCUACACCGGCGGUACCAUCGGCAUGCUCAGGGACGAAAACAAAGGUUUGGUGCCAGCAAAAAAUAGAUUUAAAAAAACAAUCCAGAACAAUCCAACGAUGCAUGAUGCAGAGUUUGCUGCCAAAUCACCAGUGCUAAAGCAGAAUCCUGAACUUCUUGUUUUACCAUAUGUAGACGGUAUGAAUCGUGUUGGCUAUGAAAUCCUAGAGUACGACGUGCUUCUCGAUUCUUGCAACAUGUCUAUGGACGAUUGGACACAUAUCGCUAAGGACAUAUAUGAUAACUAUCAAAAAUAUGAUGGUUUUGUAAUUCUACAUGGAACAGACACUCUGGUAUACACUGCAUCAGCUUUGUCUUUUAUGCUCGAAAACUUGGGAAAGACCGUCAUUUUAACUGGAUCGCAGGUUCCCAUAUUCUACCCGGUGAGUGAUGGACGGGAUAAUUUUGUUUCUUCGCUUUUAUUAGCUGGUCGUUACAUAAUCCCAGAAGUUACCAUAUUCUUUGGGCACAAACUGUUUCGAGGAAACAGAACAACUAAAAUAAGUUCCCAUACGUUUAAUGCAUUCGAAUCCUACAAUUUGCCUCCUAUUGCCACUGUGGGAACAACUGUCGAUGUAAAUGAGAGGAUUGUACUAAUGCCGAGUGCUUUAGGCAAUUUCAAAGUGCACACAUCAUUGAAUCAAAAUGUUGGACUGAUAAGGAUAUUUCCAAGUAUUUCUACACUUGUUGUUAAAGCUGCACUGUAUCCUCCGGUAGAAGGAGUGGUCAUACAAUCGUAUGGAUCUGGAAACAUGCCUUCUGUACGAGCAGACCUGUUAGGGGAAUUACAAGCCGCUGCUUCACGAGGGGUUAUCAUAGUAAACUGCACACAAUGCUCUCACGGAGCAGUGACUGAUGACUAUGAAACUGGAAAGCAACUUGCCAAAGCUGGUGUGAUAUCUGGUCGUGACAUGACACCAGAGGCGGCUCUCACCAAAUUGGCUUAUGUCCUCUCCAAACCAGAGUGGGAUCUGGACACUAAAAAAGCUGUAAUGGAAAACAGCAUACGGGGUGAGCUUACUUCAAAAAUGCCAACAAACUAUGAGGAACAUGGACUGGUGAAAGCUAUAGCAUACUCAUUACGGUCUACAGAUAAUAGGGAAGUCAAAGAAAUACAAAAGAUAAUAUUUAACAGUUUAUUAUCUCAUGCAAUAAUAAAACAAAAUCUUGCUGGCCUUCAGCAGCUCAAAGAGAGUGGAGCUGAUUUUAAUGCUACAAAUUCAGAUCUUAGGACACCACUGCAUAUUGCUGCAUCAAUCGGUAGUGUACACAUAGUAACAUAUCUGUUAUUAAAUGGCUCAAGUGUCUAUAAAAAGGAUAUAUAUGGUCAUACACCUUUGUUGGAUGCAGUUAGACAUGAACAUGAAGAUGUCGUAGAAAUUUUGUGCGCCAACGGAGCUCAUUUGCAAAUGCAGAACUUGGGAGAUUACAUAUGCAGAGCCGCUAGUUACGGGCAAUUGAAAAAAUUGAGACUGUACAAUACAGCAGGUGCGAAAUUAGACUGCUUGAAUAAAAAUGGAAGAACACCAUUGCACGAGGCGGCUCAACACAAUCAAUUGGAAGUCAUUCGCUACUUAGUUGAAAAAGGAGUGGACACACUAAAAAAAGAUCCACUCGGAUUCACAGCUUACGACAUCGCAGAAGCCCUGUCUUACAAAGAGAUAACAACGUUUCUAACGAGUUUUAACUCGAUAGCGUAAUUUUUGUCAUCAAGAUUAGAAAUCUUUUUAAAAGAAGAAAAUAUCUGUACUUUAGAACUUUUGAGAGUUGAUAAUAAAGAUAUUUCAAUUAUAUAUUGCCUAUAUUAUAUAUUGGCAGUAUGUGAAUCACAGUCAAGAGUUCGGUCAAAAAGCCCUCCUGUAUAAAAGUUACAUGUUUAAUUAUUAAGUCAACAUGAACAUUUUAACAAUUGUUUAAUAAAUGUUUCAAUAUAAGUUGUA